AUGGAUGUCUCUGGGCAGUCAGCAGAGCCAUCUGCAGAGAAGUCUGCAGAGAAAUCGGAAGUUAACGACGCCUCCAGCUCUAGUGAAGAAGAAGUCAAAGUAUUUAUCUUGAGCCCUUCGUUCCCAGAGAGAUUCACGUUCAACCUGAAGCUCAGCACUACGGUUGCGCGUCUGCGCUUGAAAAUCAUGCAGAUCAUCCCUCCACAUUUAUCUCCUACAGAGCAGAGGUUGAUAUAUAGUGGACGAAUCAUUCCUCAAACACCUGAUCUUCUAACCCUAAGGGAUAUUCUGGUGCCAAGCGGGAGAGACGUUUACACAAUCCACCUUAUUCUUCCACCCACGCCCAUGCCAAUUAGCUCGACAAGUCAAAAUACGACUUCGUCUUUUCAAGCGCCUGGCGGUGCAGCUCAACCACAGGUGGAAGGCGUCCGUCACAGGGUCCUAUCCGCGACUCCCUCGCCUAGUCAAACCAGACCUGCUCGGGCAACUGCAAACUCACGGGAAUUAGAUCCGAUGCAAGCCGAUGUUUUCUUCAGAGGACUUCAAGGGCAAGUGGAGCUCAUUGAAAGAGAAAUGGCCGAAGGCAUCACACCUUCAAUGGAAUUCUUAUUCCAUGUACGCACUCGCAUUAUGCAAAUCACGGAAGGCCGCCCUCUCGAGUCCAGCUCAUCUGCAGGAUUAUCUCGCUAUGUGUAUCCCGAAGAAAGGGAUGUGCAACAGCUGCUGGCCCGAGUAAUGGAGGUCUACCGUCGCAUGGAUCAAUUACUUCAAGACCCUAGUGUGAGGCGUGAUACCCGGGGUACCACAGUGACCCCAUCAACUGAGCCUCAUGUCUACCUCGCCACCUCUCCCAAUGGUUACCAAGCUUUGAUCAUGCAGCCCAGAGAAGGAAGAUUGCCUCCUCCUGAGCCACGUCAUCCUUUAGGGGUUCGGCCUAUAGGGGUUCAGCAUAUAGGAGCUCAGCAUGCAGGGGCUCAGCCUCAGCAGCCCAAUGAUGGGCGUCAAGCGGUCUUAAACCAACAGCGACAGCGAAAUGAACCAGCCAACGCCGGGGCUUUCGCACGUCACUUUCGCCGAAUCUGGCUAUUUGUUCGACUCUACUUUUUCAUUUACAUGAUUAGUGAGUCUGGCACCUGGACACGCAUUCUCUUUGUGACCUUGGCUGCAUUUGUAGCUCUGUUCUCGGACUCGCAGCUUCCUCAGCUCCUCUACGGUGCAAUUGUCGCCCCCGUCCUACGUCACCUGGAGGCACUUGCCCAUAUGGGGGGACCUGCUGAGCAACCUGCACGGGCUGCGGUAGAUGGUUUCUGGGAAUACUUUUGGCGCGCUGAACGGGCGGUUGUACUGCUACUAGCCAGCCUUGUUCCGGGGAUUGGGGAAAGGCAGGUCCGGGCCCGGAACGCUGCUGAAGCUGAGGCUGAAAGAUUGCGGCAGAAUGCUGCUGCUGAGGCUGAAACAGCGCGGGCGAAUGAAGAGGAAGAACGAGCAAGAGACCGUGGUGAGCAAAUGAGUGAGCACUUGGGUGAGGAUAGGAGUGAGGAUAGGCGUGACAAUGAACGUGAGCUUCCUCAAGCUGAAAUAUAA